CCACACCCGUCCACAAACUGUUCCUGGUGUUUUCUUUCAAAUUCAAAGUAAAGUCAUGUCGUAACCCGAAGCUGUACAGCACAUAGAUAUCUAUUGGGCCCCUCAAAAUCCUCAGACCAGGCAGUUCCCGCCGAAAACUCCAGCUCCAGUCCAACAGCCAGCCAUGUCGGCAACUUCGAAGAUUACUUUGGGCAUGGCCGUGACCGUAUCCACGGCGAUCAUAGGUUAUGUGCACUAUAAACAAGCGGCGGACCGCCUGAAGCUCCAUGACGGGGUCUUAAGGGACGUGGAGCAGCAGCAGCGGCGGAAGCACGAGAACAGAUAUGCCCUGCAGCAGCAAAUAGACAUUACCAAGCAACUCAAGGCCCAAGAGCAAGUAGUGGACAUUACCAAGGAGCUUGAGGGAAAAGAGCAAGUGGACAUAUCCAAGCUGCAUGAGGUCCAGCAGUCGUCCGCUGAGAAAACCCCCCUCGUGGAAUCCGCGCCAUGCAAGUGCAAAUGCUGCUCAACCACCUUGGCUGGCUGUUCCAAGCAGCAGCAUCAGCAGGCAGGAGCUGAAGAGUCCAUAGGUGAUGAAGAGGCUACGCCAAAAGUCUAAAUUUAAUCAAGGCGUGUUUAUAAUUAAAAACAAUAAGAUAAACUCGGGUUAAAAGCA